GAGAAGCCGGGGUCUUACAGCUGGCAGCUCUGCUCAUUUCCAUUCUUCUGUGGGCUACCUAACUGAAGAAAGAAACCAAGAAAACAAAUCAACAUGGCCCCAAAGAAGGUAGAACCUAAGAAGGUGGAACCAAAAAAGCCUGAACCGAAAAAGGAUGUAGCCAAGCCAAUGGUUAUGCCCGAGCCUGAGCCUGAGGUGCCCAAGGAGCCUGACUUUGAUCCCAAGAGCGUCACGAUUGAAUACACCGCUGACCAGAUCGAGGAAUUUAAAGAGGCGUUCACACUCUUUGACAGGACUCCGACUGGACAGAUGAAGAUCACGUAUGCACAGUGUGGGGAUGUCAUGCGUGCUCUGGGGCAGAACCCAACCAAUGCCGAUGUCCUCAAGGUCCUUGGCAAACCACGACCAGAAGAGAUGAACAACAAACUUCUGGAUUUUGAAACCUUCCUUCCCAUGCUGCAGCAUAUCUCCAGGUCUAAAGAUCAAGGAAACUUUGAGGACUUUGUGGAAGGUCUCCGUGUCUUUGACAAGGAAGGAAAUGGAACCAUAAUGGGGGCUGAGCUUCGCCAUGUGCUUGCAACACUUGGGGAGAGAAUGACAGAAGAUGAAGUGGAUCGGCUUAUGGCUGGCCAGGAGGAUGCCAAUGGCUGCAUCAAUUACACAUCUUUCAUCAAGCACAUCUUGUCUGGCUAAAGCGAUGAUUACAAAGGACUUGUUGGCAUCCCCCCACACAGAGAAUGCAAAGACGAUCAAAGAAAAAUAUAACUCAUUUUCAUCUCAAUGACAUGCUGACAGUGCUUAGCAAUUUUUGCCUGAAAAGUAAGAAUGAUUUAUCCUUGUAAAAGUCACAGUGUUAGAAAACUCGGCUUCUCUGAUGUGAACCUGUGAAACAGAAACAUUUAUACAGUAAUAAAAAAUAACACUGUGAGUGCAAA